AUGGUGUCUGAUGGAUUGCAGAAGAACAAUUGGAUUUUGGACAUCUCUGAAGUUUUGCAGCCAGCAGGUUACAUGCAGUGCAUUCAGCUGUGGGUUGCCAUUAGCAAGGUGCAAAGAAAAAUUGAGGCGCCCGACAAGUUCACCUGGAUCUGUUCCAGCUCUGGAGAGUACAUGACCGUGAAGCGCCGGAACCACGGCCGCAACAAGCACGGACGCGGCCAUGUCAGGUUCGUCCGCUGCAACAACUGCGCCAAGACCAUCCCAAAGGACAAGGCGAUCAAGAGGUUUCGGGUGUCGAACGUCGUGGAACCGGCAGCCAUGAGAGAUCUCCAGGAGGCGUGCGUCUUUGAUGGUUACGUUUUGCCCAAGCUUUACGAGAAGCAGCAUUGGUGCGUGGGCUGCGCCAUCCACCAGCACAAAGUUCGUGUCCGCUCCCGUAAAGACCGGAAGAACCGGGCACCUCCGCAGCAACGCUUCCGUCCCAGGGAGGAAAGACCUGGGGGCCAAGCUCCUCGUCCUGGUGGUGUCGGUGGGGGUCCUGGUGGUGUCGGCGGUGGUUUCGGCACCGGUGCUCCAGCUCCCAAUGUCGCUGGCACCUGA